GCUCUACUUUUUUGUUUCCUCUGUACUGCCCAAACUGGGUAAUUCUUAUUACACCGGUCCCGUAAUACACGGUGCAAUUGAUAUGGACGAGACGUCAACUAGCGAGGAAUAUGACCUGGUUGAACGGUCAGGUCCCCGAAAAAUCAGCUUCUGGCAUCACUACCGCCUCCUGCUAUGGAAGAGUUUUCUCCUACGAGGUCGCCAGCCCGGUUUCCUCGUCUUCGAACUCCUCCUACCCCUGAUCCUGCUAUGCAUUGUAAUUGGCAUCAGAGCAAUUUCAGUGCCCUCCAUCUAUCCCGCCUGUCACAUCACAGCCUCACCCCUACCCAGCAUGGGCUUCUUUAAACACCUACGUUCACUCGUUUGCACCGCAAAUUUCACCUGUACAGACUACGAUUACGAUGGGCCCCCUGGUGAGAUACUGGACCUGCCACCCUGGUUACCCGGGCUGGCAAAUCUGGCCAGCCAAUCAGAUUUGGGAAGCAUGUUUAACCUUGACAGUAGUCGUGUCUUCACUGCUUUUGACAAACCUCCCGGCUGGGCUAUCCCCGUGUGUGGCGCCCAACCGGGGCACAAUGACUUCCUUGGCCUAACCGAACUCGCACAGAGUGGCAACCUCCCAAUCGGCGACACCAAGGACUCCCCAUCAUUCAGUCAGCUGAUUGGUAAUAUAACUUCCGACAACGCCACCGCCUGUUCUGUCAUCAACAACUUCUUUGCUGUCGAAACGAUGCGUCCCUGGACGCUACGACUGCGCACCCUGAUGCAAGGCCAAAUUCUCUACCACCCCGUGACACCGCUCACCCAGCGCAUCGUCCGCGGAGCCAACCAAACGGCGCUCAUCGACCUCAGCUCCACCCUCUUCAGCACUCGAUUUCGUCUUCCCUUUUCCGCCGUGGACAAAACCUACGAGUUCAAGGUCGUGGACCAGUACUGGACCCCCGCGCCACGACACAGGGUUUCCAAAAAGAUGAAGUACUUCACCAGCGGCUUCAUCGACGUACAGGAGCAAAUUGAACGCUCCUACCUCUCCAUUGUUACGGGCGCAGACAACGCUACUACCUCUGCUGCUGACAUGGCAUGUUUUAUGCUCAAAUUUGGCGGCAUCUAUCCCAACGGGAACUUCUUCCUGAUUCUCUGCGUGUUCCUGGCCUACCUCUGGGCAAUCAUUCCGCAGGGCUUUUUCGUCUCUGUGUUCUACUCGAAGGCCAACUUUGGUGCAGUGGUUGCGGGUCUGUUGUACUUCGUCCUCUUCAUACCCUACGCCUUCUUCCUGCUCUAUGAUCUCAACUACGCCCAGUACACAGCCAUAUCGAUUUUUCCACAGGUGGCCUUUGCGUUGGCCUUCAAUCGACUGGGUGACCUUGAGGUGACAGGACAGGGUGCCCAGUGGAGCAGCCUCUGG